GAAAAAGUAAAAAGCGUAGACACGAUACCAGAACCGACCAUCUUUUAGGCUCUUACCCAAACAGAGCGUUAGGGCUCACACUGUGACAUUCUCUCCAGCAGCAAUCAUCAAACGAAACCUCCUGCACCUCAAAUUACGUCUAUAACCCAAUCUGAAACUCGGAGUUGCUGCUUCGCGAAGCCUCUGAAGCUAUUGAGCAUUUGCGUUCAUUUUCUCGCUCCAGACCAGCAGAAACCUGAUGAUCUCCAAAACGAUGUCUUCGCUUGGGUCCCAAAAUGCUAAGCAACAGUAAAGCUCUAAGGAUCGAGCCGCCUAGCCUCCUCAACCCACACUGUGUCAGAAGCUGCUAUAACUAUAAAAUUAAAAUAUUUUACAGAAUUGCUCCUGAAGCUUUGUGUAGCAUUUUUGUAACCAUGACUGGUAUAGAGCAAGCUGGGGCCAAAGAUACAACAUCCUCUCUGAUAGAACAGCUUGGCAAUGUAUUUCUUGAACUGGAAGCUCGCAAGGAUGCUUCUGAGGAUAAGGUUCAGUGGAUGGAAGUCGAAGAACACUUUCGCAACCUGGAGACAUUAUUGAAGAAAAAUUUUGAAGAGCUGGAAGCGAAGGAGAAUGAAUUUGAGAUGAAGGAAGCCCAAACUCAUUCAUUGAUUGCAGAGAGAGAGGCAGCUGUCACUGCUAAAGAGCAAGAGCUGUUGGAUCGAGUACAGGAGCUGAAAGAUGGUGCGGUUGCUGCUAUUUCGGAGGCACGAGCAAAUCACCAGCCAACACCUGCGGAGCCUGUUGAUGGUGGGGACAACAAAGACGACAAGGUAAGCAGCUCUCUUGGUGAUAUGAAUUCCCCAGAGGAGGAUUCUUCUCAUAAAACCAGUGACAAUGCUGAAGGUGUGGCUGUUGAGGUCAAGCCACGCCCAGAGCUGAUGCAAUUUUGCCAGCAGAUGGAUGCAAAAGGGCUUCUGACUUUUUUGGAGAAUAAAAAAUUUCUAAAUCCCAUUCGUGAGGAACUUUCUGUUGCACUAGAAAGUGCAACUGAACCGGCCCGUUUGGUGCUGGAUUCACUGGAGGGGUUUUACCCCCCUGAUGAAACUACCCAACCAAUGGAUAAGAGGGGUGCUGCCCUUCGGGGCAUGCGCAAAUCCUGUGUUAUGUUCUUGGAAGCCAUGAGUGCCUUUUUGGCAAGGGUUGACCCAGGUGGUGAUCACCUACUGAACCCCGAGACCAAGCAGCAAGCCAAGGCAAUUGCUGAUGAGUGGAAGCCUAAGUUGGCUAAUGAAGGCAUAGAUGCUGCCAAUGGAAAUUCAUUGGAAGCAGAGGCAUUCUUGCAGCUCCUCGCAACUUUUAGGAUUGCUUCAGAGUUUGAUGAUGAAGAACUCUGCAAGUUUGUUCUUGCAGUUGCUCACCGCAGGCAGGCACCUGAGCUCUGCCGUACUCUUGGGUUAACACACAAAAUGCCAGAUCUUGUUGAGUUAUUGAUCAGCAGUGGGAAACAGAUUUAUGCAGUGCGUUUUAUUCAUGUGUUUGAGCUUACUCAAAGCUUUCCCCCUGUGCCCCUUCUGAAGACGUACUUGAAGGACUUGAGGAGAAACUCGCAAGGAAAAGGUGGGAACUCAGAAGGUGUUGCUGGUGGACAGAAUGACGUAAAUGCACAAGAACUUGCGGCACUGAAGGCUGUAAUCAAGUGUGUUGAAGAGUUUAAGCUUGAAGCAGACUACCCACUUGAUCCACUCCAGAAAAGGGUUGCUCAACUGGACAAGUCCAAGACUGAUAAAAAGAGGGGUGGAGAUUUUGGCAAACGUCAACAAUCAAAGAAGCCCAGACCCCAUGGAGGAUUCCGUGGAUUCCGUUCAUCCGGUGUUACUGCCCCCUCAGCUGCCUCUGUUGGUAGGCAUAUUCCUCCUGCUUAUGUUGAGAGGGCAGCAUACACGGGAAUGUCAGAGAGGUACCCUCAUGCUGGCCUGGCAACCUAUGAUUAUCAAGUUCCUAGCCAGCCUGCAUAUGCUCAGCAAACCAGUGAUCAAAAAUUAUACUACUAUCCCCAAGAUGACAGGGUUACUCCAACCUCAUAUAAUGCUGCUUCGACUACAUACGGCAGUUAUAUUGGUAAUGGAUUGCAAUCUUCCCACCAGCCAUAUAUGUAAUGGACAUAUUAGAGAUGCUGGACUAACUCAUCUGAUAUUCUGUUCAAUGCAAGCAUGUUUUUCCUUUGUCA